UUUCACGAUGCCCCGAUAGCGGGUCAGGAUGGAAUGUGCGAGUCAGAGCGCUCAGCCAAGGGCACAUGGGGCAAUGCCCGUUCCACCAGUCCUCGUUUUCCAUGAGAUGAUUCCGUCGCGUAAUCCCAGUCUUGUCAUAGUUUUAGUCUCAAUAAACUUAUUAGUGGCUUCUUUAGCUUCUCUAUUUAACCAACCAACCAGAAAUAAGGUACGGGUCAGUCGGAUGUAGCGGUGGUACAGAAAUUAAAGAAAAAAAAAAAAAAGAUAAAAAAAAA